CUCGACGCCUCAUCUGUUCGCUCGGCUCGAACUAGAGCAGGGCCAGCGCUAGGGUUCCAGCGCCGCCGCCGGCCCCGCCUCGCCGCCGCCGGCCCCGCCUCGCCGCCGCCGGGACCCACUCCCGCCGCAGCCCAGCUUCCUCCACGGCGCCGUCUGCCCCUCUGCCCUCUGCCGCAGCCAGGACAACGGGAAGCUGCCGCCGCGCCCCUCUGCACCGGCUGCCCACGGCGCCUCCGUCCCGAAGCUGCAGAUCAUCCAGUCCUCCACUCCUCCACGGUUAAGAUGACUUGUGCAUAGGUCGAGCUUCAGUCUGAUGGAUUCUGACGACAAGAAGUUUGGCAAAGGACCUAGGGAGCUCACUGGUGCUGUUGAUUUAAUAAGUCAGUACAAAUUGGAGCCGCACCAUGAUUUCUUUUGCAAGAGGCCUUUGCCACUUGCAAUCUCAGAUACACAUUACCUUCACAAUGUAGUGGGGGACACUGAAAUUCGGAAAGGAGAAGGAAUGGAGCUAGAUCAACUCGUUCAGAAUGCAUACUUAAGGGAUAAGCCUCCUCAUAUUAAGCCCUUUGAUAUGGAAACACUGGGGCAAGCAUUUCAGCUUCGAGAAACUGCUCCAGUAGAUUUACCCUCUGCUGAAAAAGGUAUACCUACCAUUUCGGGCAAACCGAAAAGUGAGUCCAAGGACAAAGAGAAAAAACAUAAAAAGCACAAAGACAAAGAUAAGGACAGGGAGCAUAAGAAGCACAAACAUCGACAUAAGGAUCGGUCUAAAGACAAAGACAAGGACAAGGAUAGGAAAAAGGAUAAGCAUCAUGAGAAGAAGAGGAAGCAUGAGGGGACGGAGGAUUCGGCAGACGUGCAUAAGCACAAAAAAAGCAAGGUGAUAUACAAUUAUUAUUUGCUUCCUGGUACAACAAAUUUCCUUGCAGCACAUUUUGUUGGUCUGUUAACAUGACUUACCUAUGGCAGCAUAAGAGUUCCAAAACCGAUGAGAUGGGUAAUGGACUUAGUUAGCUACAGGUUUUCUUCUUACUUCUGUUGUCAAUCAAUGUCAUAUUCUGUUAGAAGGAGGCUCAAAAGAUUUCCGUCACCAGACCCGCUGCAGAUCAAUUGAUAUCAUGAAUGGCAGUUUAUUUGAAGGUGCUUCAGAUGAACGUCUUGCCUGCUGCUAAUUAUGUUGUUCUUGCAGUGUGGACCAUGUGAAAAAUGUAACUUGUAACAAAGGGACAAUCCAACUGUAUUUUGCAACCUUUUGUCCCUCGCUGACUAAUGGGUUGCCUUGUAGGAACAUUUAGAUCAGGAAAUCUGAGUAGGUGUUUUUGGUGAGAUAAUUUUUAAGACUAGGAUCAGUUAACAAUUUCAUUUAGAUUGAACUUUUAAUGAGAUUAAUUUAAAAGAUUAGGAGAUCUGGGGAUAGGUGUCUUUAACGAGACAUUUAUCAAAGGCUAGAAGCAGUCAAUUCUGUUAACCAGGCCUGUGAUAAAAUAGUUGAUGUAGCAUGAGAUAAUGGUAAAAAAAAUAUUGUAUGAUAUGGAAAUGGAGCUUCAUUCCUCGUGCUGAUGAGGAAACUAGUUAA